AACAAGCGGCUCCCUUUGCUCAUUCCAAGUUUCUCGCUCCUCCCCUAAACCCAACCAUCUUCUGAACUUCUUCUUCACCAGCGACAAGAGGCAACUUCACCAACUGUAGGUGGGAUUCUUUAACGCCGGCAAUAAUUCAUAAAACUUCCCUUUCGCGACUACUUCUUCAUUGGGGGUUCGGAUUUGGAUCUUGUGUUGGGCUUGUAAUUGGCUACUCCUUCUUCAUCUUCUUUUAGCCUACUGAUGUCAAGGAAGGAAGAAUUGCUGAAUCAUUUCUACCGGUUUCAGAUUAAUUCUCAAAAGGUGAAAGGAGAGCCAAACAUAUCUUAUAUAUGCUCCAGAUACUAUCGUCCACCAGAACUGAUAUUCGGAGCAACUGAGUACUCAACUGCAAUUGAAAUCUGGUCUAGGAUUUGUGUUCUUGCUGAACUGCUGCUUGCACAACCUUUAUUCCCUGGUGAUAGCGGAGUCGACCAGCUUGUGGAGAUUAUCAAGACAUGUUUGCCUACAGUUGUCCCAUUCCAUAAGGGAGAGAAUCCUUACCCUAAGAAAGUACGCAAAGGGAAUGUUUCAUCGAACCUUUUAAAUGGAGCGGAAACAGUAAUAAAUAUGAUUACUGAUGAUUCUGGUGGCAAUGGUGAAAAGCAAGACAAGACAUUGACUUUGACACUAUUGCCAAAAGCAAGGUUGGUUUCCUCCCCUUUCUGGUUGCGGAAAAGUGAAUACGGAUGCACAUAUUAUGGCUGAUUGUGGAGUAGGUAUGGGGGCUGUUUUUCGGGACAGUGAGGGUGCCAUUCUUGCUGCAGCUGUAAGGAGAACUAUCGCGAGAUGGGAACCCAAACAGGCUGAAGUUCCUGCUGCUCGUUUUGGCAUUUAGUAUUGCAGCUGGGGUAUAAAAAGUAGUAGUGGAAUGUGAUGCAGUAAAUGUCGUUCGAAGUAUUAAUCAUAGAAUGGAGGGACUUUCACCACUUAUGUUGUACUACGAGGACAUUGGUAGGAUGAAGGGUCAUUUCAUUUCUUUUACUUGUUUUCAUGUACGUAGAGCCGGAAACACCUUAAGAUGGAAUCCAAACGGUGAUGAGUAUGUAUGGCUUGAUAAUUUUCCGCAAAGCUUAAUCUCUUUGGCGGUCCUUGAUUUAAUUUAAUAAAAUGCCGGCCUAACAUUUCAUUUUCCGUGGAGAUACCUAGACCUUUUUUUAAUAAUGUUCAUGUAUGAUUGAAUUUGUUGAACUAUAAGUUAUCUCAUUAUGCAAAGAAUGUAGAUUGAAUAAGUGUGUGCUUGAUCUACCUUGAAAAAUAUAAUUUGAGUGAUUCAAAUGAUUAUUGUUGUUAAUUUUCCUUGAAUUUAA